AUGGCAGACGCAAAGAGGCUUGAAGAUGCGCAUGCGGCGUUCUGGGACAAUGGCAUUGCUAUCCGACGCGAGGUAGCCGGGAACGAAUAUGUGGACCGGUCAUUGUCGAAAGGUGCUUCAGAUUUCGCGAAACCCAUGCAGGAAAUGGUGACUGAGAUAGGCUGGGGCUAUGUGUGGGCACGUCCUGGAUUAGAACGAAAGACACGAAGUCUUCUCAAUAUUGCAAUGCUGUGUGCUCUCAAUCGUUCUGCAGAGCUAGCUGUGCAUGUCAGAGGUGCUGUCAACAAUGGCGCUACGGACGUCGAGAUCCGAGAGACGAUUAUGCAGGCAGCAAUAUAUGCAGGAUUUCCCGCUGGACUCGAGGGAACUCGAGUGGCCGAAAGAGUGCUUGGCGAGAUCAAAGAUGAGCAAAGCACGGCUGGCAAAGCAUAA